AGAAGUACACCGACAGAAGUCCCUUUGAAGCGCCACAGGCACAAACAUAUGCAAAAUCAAAAACUCUCUCCUUAUGUGUGUGUGAACAAGAUUUCGCACCACCUCAUUAGCGGCCUCAUUCAUUCCCCGUUAUCUAUUUUUGGGUUUUAGCAUCACAUCAAAAAUAUACGAAGUUUUCGACCAAAAGAAACUCGUGCAGAAAAUCCCAAUAGUGUGUUUUAAAUAAUUUGAAUACAUAUAUCAAAUUAUCCGAAAGUUGCAUGGUGGAUCAAGUCGGAUACAUAUAAUUAAGGGGUGAGUCGAGGCACAGGUAUAGCACUAUUUGAAUGGCGGCUGAUCAAGUUUGAAUUGAUCUGAUUCUGAAAUCCUCGUAUAUAAAGCCGUUGUUCUCCGGUCUUCUAAAAUCGUCAAAGAUCGAUCUGGGUCAGCCUUACUCUCCCAUAACAUCUCGUUCUGGGAUUUACAUGUGCUUUCUAAAGGUGGCGAACCAGAAGAGAUCAGGUGACGGCGGGCCGUUUCAAGCUCAAAACGACGACUUUGUCCCGGUGGACUAUCAGGAAGCUAGCGGAGAAUUGAUGAGUAAUCAACUGGUACAAGGUGUUGGACUCCAACGUCAACCUCAGUCGACUGUGUCGCCGUCUAUGUUUAUGGGGUAUAAUCGGCCGGCGGCAGAGAUGUCGGCGAUGGUGUCGGCUCUGACGCAUGUCGUAUCGGGACAGAGACAUGUCGUUUCGGGUUCAAGCGGUGGAGUUGCUUCAAGUUUCGGUCAAGUUUAUUCUGCUGCCAGUGGCAACUCUCCACCUUUAUCAGCUUUCUCUUCAAAUAAUAAUAAUACAUCUUCCUCUUCUGGCUCCUGGGUUGGUCAAAAGAGAGGCAGAGAAGAACAGACUCAAGCCCUUUUGAUGGAUCAAAGUAAUAGGCCUUAUAGAGGUGGCUAUGCUGAUUUCAGAGCAACUCAGCCAGAAUCUUCAACCGGUGCAACAACAACUGUUUAUGAGGAUGACACGAAAUCUGUCACCACCGCCGGCAGCACCGUCACUGCGACCGCUUCCACCGCAGUAAGAUCAACUCCAUCAACUGCUGAAACUGUUUCCCCAGAAGAAACCGGCGAGAGGAGAAGAAGAUACAGGGGAGUCCGGCAGCGGCCCUGGGGAAAAUGGGCCGCCGAGAUUCGUGACCCACACAAGGCGGCCAGAGUCUGGCUCGGCACUUUCGACACCGCCGAGGCCGCCGCCAGAGCCUACGACGAAGCUGCCUUAAGGUUCAGGGGAAACAGAGCCAAGCUUAACUUCCCUGAAAAUGUGAGAGUCAUACCACCACAGCAACCCCUCCAGAACUACGCUCAGUCCAUCAGUUCACAUUCUGCAUCAACUCAUUUGGCGCCAAACCGACCCGUACGGCCAUUGCAGCCUCCAACGCAGCCAUUACAACACCAACAACCGCUUUAUCAGUCUCAACCUUUCCAGGGCUCCCCUGACUUGCUCAGAGACUAUCUGGACUACUCUCAUUUGCUUCAGAGCUCCAUCGACAUUCACUCACAACAACAACCCCAGCCGACGAAUUUCCUGGAGCAGAUGUACUACAAUUCCCAAUUAGCUUCACUUCAGUCCUCGCUAUUGCAACAACCACCACCCUCAUCAUCCACUUUGUCUUCCGCAUUGCCAUCCUCUGCUUCCUCCUCUGCUUCAUUUCCUCUGCUUUUCUCGGAUCAUCAGCAGCAGCUAAGUUUUUUAGGGGCGCCGCAGAAUCAGAAUCCGGGCGGUUCAUCGGGCUUUCCAGCACCAUCUUGGUCACAGUCCGGUCACAAUCAUUCGUCUUCCGGCUAAUACGUUCAUCAUUUUUAUUUCUUUAUUUUUAUUAAUCAGAAUAUUUUCUUGUUCCUAGGUUCUCAUUUCAAAUCAUAUAAAUAUACCCUGUUUUUUGCACGUAGUUUUUGGUCUUAUUGUUUUAUGUACUUAAAAGGAGAAAAAAGUCAGGGAAGAAAGGAGUAUAGAGAUAGAAACAAAGCGGCACUUCGUAUUGUAGGUGAUAGUUUGUUCACAUAAGUAUUAGAAAGUAGAAACCUUUUUUUAACCUGGCUUGGUUUUGUGCUUUACGUUCAUAAAUCAAUUAAGAAAGGCCUUUGUCUUAUUUUUUUUU